CGAGGGUUCCAACCUGACCCCUGCCCACCACUACAACGAUUUCCGUUUCAAGACCUACGCGCCCGUGGCCUUCCGCUACUUCCGGGAGCUCUUCGGGAUCCGGCCUGACGAUUACCUGUAUUCCCUGUGCAAUGACCCCCUGAUCGAGCUGUCCAACUCUGGUGCCAGUGGCUCGCUGUUCUACGUGUCCAGCGACGACGAGUUCAUCAUCAAAACCGUGCAGCACAAGGAGGCCGAGUUCCUGCAGAAGCUGCUGCCUGGAUAUUAUAUGGGAGUGACUGGGAUCGGGGUGGCACAGAGAGCCCUGUUCUCCACUGCCAUGGAAUCCAUCCAGGGAGAGGCCAGGAGAGGGGGAACCAUCGAGACUGAUGACCAGAUGGGUGGAAUUCCCGCCCGGAACGCGCGGGGGGAGCGGCUGCUGCUCUACAUCGGCAUCAUCGACGUCCUGCAGUCCUACAGGUUCGUCAAGAAGCUCGAGCACUCCUGGAAGGCCCUGGUGCAUGAUGGGGACACGGUGUCGGUGCACCGGCCCAGUUUCUACGCCGAGCGCUUCCAACGCUUCAUGUGCCACACGGUGUUCCGCAAAAUCCCACUUUCCCGGCCGGACGUUCUCCCUCGGGACGAGGCCGGCAGUGACUCCGUGGCCACCACCCUGUCCAGCUCCUCCCUGGGCAGUGCCGGCCUUCACUCCCCGGCCAGCAGGUCGGUGGGGGUGGAGGUGCACACGGCCGAGGGCUCUGCGCCCGCUCCCGGAGCGUCCCCAACCAGGUGCCACUCCAAAACCCGCAGCAACCCCGAGAACAACGUGGGGCUCAUCACCCUGGCCAAUAACUGCGAGGUGCUGACCACGCUGACCCCGGACACCGGGCGCAUCCUGUCCAAGCUCCACACGGUGCAGCCCAAGGGGAAAAUCACCUUUUGCACCGGCAUCCGCGUGGCUCACCUGGCGCUGAAGCACCGCCAGGGGAAGAACCACAAGAUGAGGAUCAUCGCCUUCGUGGGCAGCCCCGUGGAGGAUAAUGAGAAGGACCUGGUGAAGCUGGCCAAGCGCCUGAAGAAGGAGAAGGUCAACGUGGACAUCAUCAACUUCGGGGAGGAGGAGGCCAACACGGAGAAGCUGACGGCGUUUGUGACGGCGCUCAACGGCAAAGACGGCAGCGGCUCUCACCUGGUGACGGUGCCACCGGGACCCAGCCUGGCYGACGCCCUCAUCAGCUCCCCGAUCCUGGCGGGCGAGGGCGGCGCCAUGCUGGGGCUGGGGGCGUCUGAUUUCGAGUUUGGGGUGGAUCCCAGUGCUGAUCCUGAGCUGCCCCCGUUGCCAGAGUCGGACGAUGCCCUGCUCAAGAUGACCAUCAGCCAGCAGGAGUUCGGCCGCGCCGGCAUCCCGGACCUGAGCUCCAUGACGGAGGAGGAGCAGAUCGCCUACGCCAUGCAGAUGUCCCUGCAGGGCGCCGAGUUUGCCCAAGCAGAGGCGGCCGAGGUGGACAGCAGCACGGCCAUGGACACGUCCGAGCCCACCAAGGAGGAGGAUGACUACGACGUGAUGCAGGACCCCGAGUUCCUGCAGAGCGUCCUGGAGAACCUUCCRGGCGUGGACCCCAACAACGAGGCCAUCAGGAACGCCAUGGGCUCGCUGGCCUCGCAGGCCACCAAGGACAGCAAGGACAAGAAGGACGAGGACAAGAAAUGAGGCAACGAGCCCAGGGGAACAAACGGUGGAAUUGGGAAAUAAAAGGAUUUGAUUGGGAUUUUCUGUCCUUUGGGGUGGG